AUGGCAUUGGCAGGCACUCUCCUUCAUCUGCUUGUGAUCUUCUUGGGGUUUUCUCAACUUAUUAUCUGCUUGAAUGCCGUCCCAGUUACAAGAAUUGGAAGUCUUCAGGUUCAUCAAAUUGCAGGAAAUAACAAACUGGUAAACACAGAGAAUAUUUUUUAUGAGCAAACUAUUACUGAAAGAAUGGAUGUGGAGCUUCAUGACUACCCGGGAUCUGGAGCCAACAACCGCCACACUCCAAAGCCGCAAUUUGGAAGAUGUGUGGAUUGCUAG